CUCAAACCGCCUGCGAGCGGUGCUUCACCGAACACGUCGAUCGCCGCUUCUCUCUCCUCAAGCAUGUAGUGAGCGGCGGCACCUUCGUUCGGCGCGGACUUUUUUGAGUUUGGUUCUUUUCUUUAGGUCCCUCGUUUUUUGGUGUGAGAGAGAGAUUUUUUUUUUCUCCCUUCCGACAUUCUCUACGCGAAACUGCUCCAAAUCCAAUCUCGCUCCCCAAGCAGUUCCUCGCUUGCUUUCGGUUCUCCUAAAACACCGUGAGAACACGUUUAUUUAUUGCCCGCCUCCCGCGCGAGUUCUCGUUGCGAGUUGCUCGCGCUCUCAUCGUAUCGAGGCAAGAAGGAGUCAAGAAAGCCUGCUUACAACGCGGGGGACCCAGCGUCAUCGAAGACUACCACUGGCAAUCUCGUCAGGAGGUUUCGGGAUUCCCAUCCCCCGUGGACGAGCCGCCGCUACUCUUUGAGUGACGGGGCUGUGCGGCGCGCCGUGCGUCGUCUUCACCGCUUCGCUCCACCCCUGCUCGAGUGUUCAUCCAAGCGUCACGCUUUCCCGCGCGACGCUUUCCCGUGCCGGGAAUGUCGUCACUCCAUGCCGCGCUCCUUCACUUCGCGGCCGCUCGGCGCUGACAACGCACGGACGCACGCGUUAUGCUCUUCGUAGUCGGCGACGACGCUUGGAAGCCCUGAUACCGACGCCUCCAGCGACAAACUACUCCGAAUCGUCGCGAAACCACCGAGCGUGUUGCCAGUGACCACCGCCGGCACGUGUGAGACGCGCCGGGCCCUACCGACGUCGCUCGUGGAUUCGAAGUCGUGUUUUUGUUGUUUCUUCUUCGGGGGGUGGGAGUGUCUGGUGCAUCGGAAAGGAGAGAGAGGGGGGGUCCCUGGCCCCGAGUGUUGUUUGUGAGGAAUGCGCCCUCGCAUCAUUGUGUGAGAGGCGGGCGUUCUUAUCACAUUCGCUGUCGGCGCGCGAUAAGCUUCGUCCCCAAGGUGAAGACAGCUUUCCAGGCCGGAGGAAGAAAUGGGCUGCACGGGCACCAAACAAAGCAGCGAGUGCGAUGCGGUCGAGAAGGUCGAGGCCAUGGGCAACGCCGAAAGGGCGAUCAAGGCGGCCCUGCUCAUCCAACGCUGGUAUCGCCGCUACCUGGCCCGUCAGGAGAUUCGCAAGCGCUGCUCGUGGAAUAUAUUCCAGAGCCUCGAGUACGCCGGGGAGCAGGAUCAAAUUAAGUUACACAAUUUCUUCCAUGACCUCCUAACCCACCUCUCCAACGUGAAGCCCUCCGUAGCAGCAGCAAUAUCAAACAGCCCGGCGCAGUCUCUCAGGGGUCGGCCGAAGGAACUGGAGAAGAGCGAGCUGGCGGAGCAGGAGUUGUGGCGAAACACGAACCCCGACGAAGUGGUCAUCGAGGAGGCGUACAGGGGUCCACACCUGCGGCUCCCGCUCACCACGAACCAGGUGGACGCGCUCAUACAGGGCUUCAAGGACCGCAGGACGCUGCACGCCCGGUACGUGCUGCUGGUGCUGCACGAGGCACGUCGCUACCUGCAGACCAAGCCGAACGUGAGCGCCGCCUCGACAGCCUUCGCCAAGCAGAUCACCGUGGUGGGCGACCUGCACGGGAAGCUCGACGACCUGCUCACCGUCUUCUACAAGAACGGCCUGCCCUCGAGGGAUAACCCGUACGUGUUCAAUGGGGACUUCGUUGACCGUGGCAUGCACUCGGUCGAAGUGCUCAUGCUGCUGCUUGUCUGCAUGCUCGUCUGGAGGGACGCCGUCUUCCUCAACCGGGGAAACCACGAGGACUUCAACGUCAACCUCAGGUAUGGAUUUCUCAAGGAAAUAAUGUUCAAAUACACACGGCAGGCCUCCAAGAUCGUGCAGCUGACCGAAGACCUGUACAGCUGGCUUCCCGUGGCGACGCUCAUCGACAACCGCGUAUUCGUCGUUCACGGGGGUGUCUCCUCCGUCACAGACCUCAAGAUCGUCUCCGCCAUCAACCGGCAUCAGUUCGUGACGGUGCUGCAACCACCGCUUCACCACGGUAGCUACAACGCCAACGAAUGGAGACAGCUGGUGGACCUGCUGUGGAGCGACCCGCGGCCCCAGCCCGGCUGCCGCCCGAACGAGAUGCGUGGCGGUGGCAGCUUCUUCGGGCCGGACGUGACGCAGGCGUUCCUCCGGAAACACAAGCUCGACUGGAUUAUCCGCUCCCACGAGUGCAAACCCGACGGCUUCGAAUACACGCACAACGGAAAGGUGCUGACCAUCUUCUCGGCAUCCAACUACUACGACAUCGGCAGCAACCGAGGGGCGUACGUCAAACUGGUGGGCCCUAAGCUGGUUCCGCACACCGUCAUGUACGUCAGCACGGCGCAGACGCGGAAGGCCACCAUCCAGCAGAGGAGCGGCUACAUCGAGCACAGCGCGCUCAGGGAGCUCAAGCAGCACAUCUACGCCUGCCAGACGCCUCUGCGGGCAGAGUUUCACAAGCACGACCCAGAGGGAAAAGGUCAGGUGAGCCUGUCGGAUUGGUGCACGGUGAUGGAGAACGUGGUCGGCCUGCACGUCACGUGGCGCAUCCUGUGCCCCAAGAUCGCUCAGUGCGACCCGGUCACCGGGGGCGUCCUCUACGAGUCCACCUUCGACGAGUACGCGCUCACCAACAAACUCGCUCAGAAUGGCCCAACCUUCCUUGAGUCGCUGUACAGAAACAAAGACAGCUUGGAAACAAUAUUCAGGAUUAUGGACAAGGAUGGGUCCGGGCUGAUCUCCAUGGAGGAGUUCAAGGACGCAUGCGACCUCCUGGCCCAGCACGCCAACACACCCAUGUCCGAGGAGCAAGUCGAGGAGCUGGCGAAGAGCAUCGACAUCAACAAGGACGGCUUCAUCGACUUCAACGAGUUCCUCGAGGCCUUCCGCCUGGUGGACAAGAGGCCACUGACACCGCCGCCGGCCUCCAAGGAGAGCAACGGCGCGCCGUGCAACGGCAUGGCCAACAUGGCACCCGUGGCCACCAUCGACGAAGAUCAAGACACCGAAGAAGAUGAGGAUGAACAGGAGUCCUACUGCACUAAGCUCUGAGGCGACAACACGCAGUGUGUGGGCCGGGCGAUAGGGGCUGUUUUUCACAGCCAAGGCCCUCCGGGACUCUAUCGUGACGAAGGGCGCGAUCGCAUUGUCCAUUCAUCUCGACCGCGGCCACCCUUGGAACGAACGCUCGUUGCUGGGUUGAUCUCACUGCCAGAGCGACACGUUCUGUCAGUGCAGGAGAAAACGCAUUGCGCGUUUUCGUUGAGAACAUCUUUUGCAACUUUCGCGGUCUCACCUGCGACGAUGCAGACAGUCUCUUGCUAUGGGGAAUGUGGAAACGAUUCCCUAAUGUUGUAAAGAGCUGGUGCCACAGCCAAGACAGACGCUGGAUAGUUGCAACAUGCAAGACGAAAAUGCCGGCUGCUAAAUGAGCUUAGAAUUGUUGCAACGUCAUUCGUACAAAACAAAAGAAAAAGGGUAGGCAGAAGUGGGGAUAAGAGGAGGGGGGGAUAUAUACCUUUACAAAUUGUAAGUGUAACAUCGGGACUUGGCAUUCCUUAUAUAGUUAUGUCAUCUAUAAAAGAACAGGAAAAAUAAAUACGACCCAGAAUCCUGAAGGAUUUGUGAAAUAAAAUACUGAGCUAGCUUCGAUCAUAAGAUUAUAGCGCUGCACUUCAGCCAAUAAUGAGUCUACAGGGUGGACUUCAAGUCCAACAAAUGUUGUAGUAAAGCGGCUCACAGCAUAAAUGGAAGGCGUAAGACAAGCAGUAACAUACAGACAGAUAGGCGUGUCCAGCUCAGCGAAGGAAGGAAUCCGCUGGUAUUUAAUUGGGUGUGCUGUGGCAUUGUGACAUUCAUUCAUGCAGGAUAGUGCACCGUUUACACCUAUAUAAGCUCAGACUGCACAACGGCUCCUGGCCCACCUGUAACAGUGGAAGACAAAAGGCUAGCUAUCACAUUCUUUUAGCGUUGAAUGAGGCAGAUCUCACAGAAGAAUGACUUUUUCACCAUUUCACCAAUGUUUUCAAAGUGGGCACAUUAACUUCUAGAAAGAAUUGGGAGUCGUUGUCGUAGCCAUUCGGGUUCUUACCUUUGGCUAGAGCUCAAAAGAAAUGAAUACGCCAGACCUGUGACAAGGGCAUUUUCAACCUCUGUGAGCAUGCGUGAAACUCCGACGGUCGUUCUUAGCCGACAAAGUAUGUUGCUCGCCCAUUUUGCUUUCUGUUUAUAUUUGCAAAACAGCAUUUCACGAGCCUCAAUGCUAACUUCUCCCCAGCCUCAGCCAAAGGAACAGGAAGCUCCUGGGGUUUCUUAGCUUUGAUUUGAAGCUUACACUCCUUACACUGUUGUUAGUCCCAACAGACCUGUUUUGUUCCCCAGUAAAGCUUUGCAGAAAUAUUAUGACAGCAAAGCAGCUGAAAUCUACAAGUUUGCAUCUGAAGAGCAUGUAAAGCCACGUCACGCAGUUAACCUUCAUGGUAUUCAAUAAAGUAAACCAACGGUGUAAGGACUAGAGCACACCACAAUUCCUCAUAAUGCGAGUGGCGCCCUCUGUUCAAACGCCCGAAGUGGGGACUUUGAGGCUGCUGCACCACUUCAUGCAAUGCGGUAAGAGCCGCUAUAACACUGUCACGACAAACUGUCAAAACACUCGCACAACAUAUACUGCCUCAAUAGUUUAGUCUGAUAUGUGCGCACCAAUAUAACUUGGAAACUUAGGGGUAUUCCUUCGCUGUGUUUCAACAAGUGGUGCCAUUCGCCUUGCCACCAAACAAAGCAAAGCCACCGAUAUAUUCCGGGUGCUCAGCUCCAACCUGGCUUACCCUUUAUCCCAUUUAUGUGGCUCUUCACCACCCUUAACGCAUGAGAGAUACCAUUUUUCUUACACUCGCUUCCUUUAAUAUGAGAUCAGUCAAUAAAUUUCAAAGCCAUUGUGCACAUGGCUGGACCUGUCGUCAGGCCGCAUGCCACGAUGUCCUAAUCUUUUGUUGUCCCGAAGAUUCAGAGAGACAGUGCUCCUGGUUUUUCUGACCUCAGGAACACCAGUUGUUUUACAGGAUCUCAACAAAUUCCGGUGACUGAAGUUUUCACCCUCGGAGUGGCAUUGGAACUUUUGACAGACUGUACAUUGAAGAUUUUUAAGGUGUUUAGGAAUUCAGCAACACAUCUUGUGGGAUAGGGGCAGUGCUUCAUUUCGGGAAAGAAAGUUCUUAGCUGCAUUGAUGAUACUGCUGACUGAAACUAAAGAAGCUUUGUAGGACAAUUGGUGCCAUCUAUGAGCGCCAAACUGCCUCUAAUGAACGCAUGUCUUAAAUGCGCACGUAAGGUGAUAAUCUAGACGGCUUGUAGACAUUGCUGCAUUAAAUAAGCAUAAAUGAAAUAGUUACCUAUUCGGAGAACUCACCCUUUCACUGCAUGUGUGUUAUUGAACAGCUAAGAGCAACCAACACAGGCGCUUGUUUCCUUACACGCUUCUUAACGUCAGCAAUUCACAGCUACAAAUGGGUUUAAGUGCAUCUUCGAACACCAGCUGGGAAAAGUCAGCAUUUUUGUUUUUUACUUCAGUAGUUUUGCUGUAUGCACGUCCUAAUGGGUAGUGUGCGAGGGUAAAAUAUUGUAAACGUUUGACAGAGCCAAGAGUUUCGCACCAUUUUUACGCAGAAUAUGGCGAACACGUGCCUACAUGCAGGGAGAUGUAAGGGUCGUUCAAGAUGAUCACUUGCUUCACGGUGGGUGUAAUAGACACCUAAAUGCUAAAUGUUACUUCGCGACAGUGUCCUACAUAAGGCACAGUAUUGGGGCACUUGUAUGUAAUAUGGGGAAAUAUAUUAAGGUGUCAUCUGUCAGGUCUUUCUGGCAUACAUCUGCUUCAAACCGCAGCUCCGUUCGGGAUGAGGGUGCUGGCCAAUGCAGCUCCAUGUGCAUUCAUUCAGUUCGCAAGAGCUGUCACCGCACCUUCGAAAGUUGACGGAAUAAGCUCAGUGAGACGUUAAAUGGCAAAUUAAGAUCCUGAGAUGUGGAACAAAGCAAGUUUUCGUGCAUUUUCAGGGCUAAUGUUAACGCAUGAAGCCUUUCACUCAUACACUCACAACGCGAACGUCGUUAACAUCGCUAUUUUGCGAUGCCACUCUGCCUCUCACCACAACUCAGCCAAGUAUAUUUCACUUCACUCCAUUCUCACGCUUGUGCCACGUAUCUCCUAUAUGCUGCAUCCUACAAGGGAGGCCCGUGAAAGUAAUUCUAUUGAUCACACUGUCCUUGUCACAUGCGUAUACUAUUGCAAUUCAAAUGCCCGACAUCAAUUGCCGAAGCACAUGUAACACUGUUCUUACAAUAUUGCACUAAUUAUUAUUCACAUAUUGCACGCUCUGCACUUGUGUAUAGCCGUGUCCCGCUGCAGUGUGUUCUCAAGUGCGCUUGCACGCUGCGUUCUGUCUGGCGACUGUUUUCUGUGCUUGCCGUGUCUAUGUAUAUGUCUGUAUGUGUGCACGCAUGUGUACCAUCCCUGCACUUAUACUAUGUCUUAUGAUUUUACCAGCUGGUUUGAAACGGUGGUCCAGAGACUGAAAUAGAAGGCGAAAUCAUAUAGAAUUUCUUAGUUCGCCUCAGGGUCCAACUUGCUGCCGAACUCUACUCGAGAUUCCCAUUCGCACACCGUGCUGCACUUUCUGUCACUCGAAGGCCGAAAGAAAGCUGGCCAUAAAACCACCGGAUGUUUCCGUAACUCAUUACCAGACCUGAUAAGAAAGGAACGUGGUGUAAUUAUGAACUAACGUGAGAGGGUAAGUAACUGCCUCGUUCAAACUAUUUGCUUAUUUGGGGGACAUUCAAAAGACGUCAAGUCAGCUUCAUCACAAAAUGCCAUGUAGGAUGGCAAUCUUCUUUUUCAAGGUUCUCUGAAAGGCAAAAUGUUAUGUCACCUAGCUGGGCAAUUUUAAAUAUCUUUAAUAUAGGAUAUCCGGCCUUCCAUAUAAGGAACAUCCGCUGGUUUUGCACUGAUGUGUGCACAUUUGUUUUGACUUUCACAUACGCGCUUAAGCUGACCUGAUAAACGCAACUUAUCUCCCAAGCGCAGCAGCCCUCACAGCCUUUAGAAUUUCGUGAUUUGUAACCUCUAGACUGAUUGCACACAUUUAGUCAAAGCUCUUUAUCUAUGCAGGAACAAAAUUAUAGGCAAAAAAUAUAGGCAAUAUACCCCUAAGUUAGGUAAUCACACAAUAAAAAUGUGAUGCCUUUUUUUCCUGGACAUCGACGUGCAGGCGCAUGUAGACAUGUGCACAUGGUUAACACCGUUGACUCACGAUAACGGUGAUCUGGACUCUGCCCAAGGGUUUUGGAAACAAAUGAAAGCCAACAGCAAGGACACUAGCCUGCUAAUGAAAAGAAUGGCCACCAGUCAACAGAAGAAUGUUUCCCAUUGUGGCGACAACUUCUUGUAUGUCUCUCUAUUUUUGCUUCCUUAGGCUACCUCUAGAUAAAGCAGUAGCUUAUGCACAAAUAUAUUGUUCACUGUAGUUACUAUGAAAUAGACACUGAAAAGACAGAGUUGCUGAAUAAUCGCACAUGCUUAGCUAAUGCUAUCUGGAACCAAACACUGUAAUCCAUGUUUCGAGUAAGCAAGAACAAAAGGAACACGAAUACUUUCCAAUGACAUCUUUUUUUUUGUUUUUUUUUUCAGGUUGUCUUCAUUCGUCUUGGCUUUUGGAGUUUCAUGACAGAAAACAUACGGUGAAACAUUAAAGAACAGAGCACGAGAAUUCCUCCGUCAAAUGAAGGCUGUGAGGGCUGCUGCCGUCGCGUGAAUCGUGUGUCCUUGUGACCAUACCCUUUGUUGAAAGACAUAUACUAGUACUAGGCUCUAUUACGCUCUUUUUCGGCACUCUUCAUGGCAUAAUGUAGCUUCUUUAGGUGUUGCCUUGUUUUGUACCAUUGCAAUUACACAGAUGAAUUUGCACAGUUCUCACAGUGUGUAUCAUAGCGUGUAUAUUAUAGGUAACACCACUCUUUUUGCCGUGCUGUUGUUCUGCACUGUUGUUCCUCGUUCAACAUGCGCUACCUCCGUAGCUGCGCCAUCUAAUGCUACCAAUGCAACAAACCCGGUGCUCCUCAGCGGGAUGCACAUUCGUUUUUGACUGUUCCUGAGAUUUGUGCUAUUAUAUCUUGUGUAUGAUAUGAGAAGUAUAGCCCACCUGAUAGAUUAGCAAACAUUAGAAUGUUUAGCGCUCCUGAAAUGUAGAUUGUGUAGAGUGCGCCAAGGUGGACAGCCAUAUGUUUUCUUUUCUAACGACUGCGUGCCAAGCCGUGUGUAUAGCAUAGGCUUCAGAAUGCGGCUCAUUCUUUGGAGACACACCGAAGGUAUAUAAGGCUGCGUCCUGUUGCCGUCAUACUUCAGAAGUGUUUGCAAUCCAGUCAGGAGGUUAGAAAUCAACUGGUAGAAAAGUCGCUCAUUGCAUACUCGCUGAACAGUGCUAUUUGAAUGCUCGCCUUAUCAUCGUCGUUCUAAAUCAGUGCUCCGGGCUAAAGUGUCAGAGGUCACAGUUGUGUGUGUGUGCUAGCUAGGUCCAUUUACAUGUGUCCAUAUACUAUCCACAACUCUGUUACCACUUUGUUUGAAGAAACAGGUAUGUCAAUGUUUCUACACAGCGAUGAGAACAGACGAUUACUUUGCUUACGCUCUUGUACAGAUGUUUAUUAACCUAAGCGCACAGCCAUGAAUGGUAUUAACAUAUAUAUUAUGCUUCGUCCUACUUUUUCUUGCUUCUAUGGCCCAUCUUUUAGAGCUUAUUACCCAAAGCUGAACUCAUUCCAACUUGUCAAGCAACCAGAUGUUCCACUAAUGUUGCCAUUCAACAAAAAUUCCGCCUACCAGAAGCACUGUGCUUUAAUUAAUAGCCUUUGUUGGCGUUUAGCGCACCCUUCCUAUACGUACGUUCUAAUCACUGGUAGCAAUGUUGGACGUAGGUGCUAUACAGAAUGAAAUAGCGUUUGGAGAACCACUCGAACCUGCAAACGCACUGGUGGCAUAUGCACUGACAAGGCAGCAUUGGUUAAAAGUAUGCAGGUCAUUGGAUGCAUCGUCACGAAGAGCAAAAAUUUGUCUAUUCUGAAUUUCCGCAGAUAUUUAUCCUCAUAAAGACUCUAGUCUCCAGACAGCUUCUAUAGGCCCUCAAAUCUUUCCACGAAUGGGAUCAAUGGUCUGCUAGUCCAUGUAUAGAGCCAAAAACAUAGUUCAGGGGCAGUAUUCUCGCGCGAUCACUUCAGGAGAUACUUUCUUUCAUUUUGUGAGAUUUCAUGAGACUACCGCGAGAUGCGUUUGGGGUCUAUAGACUACAGCGUUCUGGCAUUGUGCCAAUGGUGCUAAAACAGCGUGCCGGAACACUGUCGCUCGUAGAUGCCGACACGUCCGGAACUAGUCUCACGAAAUCACGCAAAAGUGAAUGGAUCUAUGAAAGAUCUGCGCAUGGGAAUGUUUCCCCAGUAGACAGUCUGUGGACUUGUGGACUAUUGUCCAUGAGAUGCCUAGAUUAUGCACAGGCAAAAGCAAAUCUAUAUGAAUGCAAAUUUGACUACAAGAUGGCUGUAGACAGUGUACCAACUGUUUUAAUCUAUUCUCAUACAGACGAUUCUGUGUGGUGGAUCUCUUGUUAUGCGUUAAGCUUAUCCUCUUCCCUCCGCCCUCCUUUUCAUAUUGCUCUACAAGGAUCACUGCGUCCCCCACCAUGCUCUGUGCACACAGGAAUAUCCCACUGCACCUUCUGGAGACUGUUUCACUCAAGAAUGGAGUGACCUGCACUCUUUCGACAAAGACUGUAUGCCAAUGAUGUUUGCUGAAUCAAGGGAGGGAACAUGCUCAAAGCUAGCUAGACCGAAUGGAAAAGAUACCCACAUGAGUGGCGUGCUAUUUCGCGCCGACAAUCGCUGCGCCAGGCCGGCGGUGGCAAAAGCUCUAAACAUGAGCUCGUGUGUUUCCGUUCCCCGUUUUUUUUUCAUUGCCCUUACUUGAUUAGUUGCGGCUAAUGGCAAAGGUAUGUGCGAGGGGCAUCAAUAUCAGGUAUUCAAUAAUUCUGCUGUACUUGACCUAAGUGUCACGUAUGAGGUCAGUCUGGGGAGCAAGUCAUGCUUUAGCCAUUGCCGCAUGCGCCUUUCUGUAGGCUCAGCUAUCUUGCACAUUCUGCCUAAUGUGCCAGUUUUUGCCAAGCUAUAAGGUUUCUCUGUUAAUUUUCUUUUAUCCCAAGAGGCAUUCAUCAUCCCUCAUUUAGAAAAGACUAUCUUGGCCUUUCGAAAUCGCUAUAUGAAUGAAAGGGCAAAGAGAAUAUUAUAUAGCAUUAAGGCAAAAUCAAGUCAAGUGCACCUCUUCAAAAAACUUUUUGAAUACCAUGUUGAAUACGUGCCUCAGGCCAUGUCUAGAUGUUUUCUGGUUUUCAGUGUAUGAAAUAUGGCCCCCGUUUGCAGUCUGCAAGUUUCUGGUAGCAGUGUUGUCAAACUAUGCAGUCCCUGGUCUCGACCAAUUCCAAAGGUACAGUCAAUUAAAAGGACAUGGAAAAAAUCCCCAAAUUAUUUUCAGUGCAUCACUGUGUUUGCAGCAAUCCUCUUCACUUGGCAGUGUUAUCAAGGGCACAAUUCUUCAAGGAUAGUCAAGAAUUAAAUAGUGACAAUCGGUAGCCUAUACAAACUUAAGGUUAUAAAACUCUCAUGAAUCAGGAUGAAAGAAAUACUAAAGAGAAUCUUUGCCAUCCACUUCGAAGUGGUGUAUGCAACGCCUCAUUUUCUUUCCCUUUUUCUGAUCUGAUGCAGUUUUUUGAAUGCAGGGCGAAAUGUCUCAGCAAAAUUCCUUCAUGGUGCUCUUGCCACCGUCCUGAAUUCUUCAACAGAUAUAGCUCUAGUCAGAUGCUGUCAUAUGGUGCAAGCUUGAGCCAACCUAUGCUACCUUAAUGAUAAGUUUCUUUCAUAACUACUUGCCAAACUAUUUCAGUCCUGCACAGUCAGCUGAGCUUCGCAGAAGCAAUUAGUGGACCAUUACAGUGAAUCAAUGGAUGAAGAGAUCAACAUUUAUAAAAUAAAGGAGGGGGUGUUGAGGGGGACUACAAUGUUCAUUUUGAUCCAAACAUGGACAUGACACACAGCCCUCGAACAUAAGCUUUCUUAAAAAAUGGAAAUUGCUGCUAUUGCACGAUGUGCCAAAGGGGCAUGGGAUCAAUUUGUAGAAAAAGCUGCGCAUUGAUACUGCUUUGCUAUGAUGUGCUUUUGUUAGCCCAAAUAUAAAAACGCCAGUUUAAUAAUGAACUGAAGUGCAUUGGCUGUGGCAAGUCCCAGGUGCACAGAACCACUGGAAGCAUGGAGAGCGUGUCGCGAUGAGACACAAGUGUGUGACCCAAGUUUCCUGCUGUGUGUAUAUCUGUGUGUACAUACAUCUCCCCAAGUUAAGCCAGUAAAGUGAUACUGUGGUAUGCACUAUAUGCACCCACGUCCAGCACAAAGAUAAUAAACUUGUUAUUUAAGCAUAAA